GGGUAAAGAGUUGCGGAGAGGCAGAGGCGGCCAUGGGAGAUCCCGAGCGGGGCGUCUGCUGAGACUGCAGCAUCAUGGUGAAAAGGAAAAGCUCAGAGGGCCAGGAGCAGGAGAGUGGCCGUGGCAUCCCUCUGCCCAUCCAGACCUUCCUAUGGAGGCAAACCAGUGCAUUUUUAAGACCUAAACUGGGGAAACAAUAUGAAGCUUCCUGUGUGUCUUUUGAAAGAGUUUUGGUAGAAAACAAGCUUCAUGGCCUUUCUCCAGCUCUCUCUGAAGCCAUCCAGAGCAUUUCUCGCUGGGAACUUGUCCAAGCUGCGCUCCCUCAUGUGCUGCACUGCACUGCAACACUGCUCUCCAACAGGAAUAAGCUAGGACAUCAGGAUAAGCUUGGAGUAGCUGAAACAAAGCUCCUUCACACCCUUCACUGGAUGCUGCUGGAGGCUCCUCAGGACUGCAGCAAUGACAGACUUGGAGGAGACAGAGGCUCUAGCUGGGGAGGGAGCAGCAGUGCCUUUAUCCACCAGGCUGAAAACCAAGGAUCACCAGGACAUCCCCGGCCCAGCGCCGUGGCUGAUGAGGAGGAGAAUAACAGAAGGAAGUUCUUCCAGAAUUCCAUGGCCACAGUAGAGCUAUUUGUGUUCCUCUUCGCUCCCCUCGUCCACAGGAUCAGGGAGUCUGACCUGACAUUCCGGUUGGCUAGUGGCCUUGUUAUUUGGCAGCCAAUGUGGGAACACAGGCAGCCUGAAGUUUCUGCCUUCAAUGCUCUUGUAAAACCCAUCAGGAACAUCAUUACAGCCAAGAGAAGUUCUCCCACCAAUAAUCAGAGCAUGACUUGUGAAUCCCCUAAUCUGGACAGCGGACGUACUGAGGGACUGCAGGUGGUCUGUGAGACAGCACAGCCAGAUCCCGUACCUCCAAAGGCUUCUGUUUCAGCAUGUCAUCCUGGAAACUCCUUGGAUGGAAGUGUGUCCUCCCAAACCUCCCAGGAGAGAAGUACUGCACAUCCCAGGGUGUCCUUGGUGAUUCCACCGUGCCAGAAGUCUCGCUAUGCCACGUACUUCGACGUGGCCGUGCUGCGCUGCUUGCUGCAGCCCCACUGGUCCGAGGAAGGCACGCAGUGGUCACUGAUGUACUACCUGCAGAGGCUGAGGCACAUGCUGCAGGAAAAACCAGAGAAGCCACCCGAGCCUGAGAUCACCCCUUUGCCAAGGCCUCGCAGCAGCUCCAUGGUGGCUGCUGCUCCCUCUCUGGUGAACACCCACAAAACCCAGGAUCUUACAAUAAAAUGUAAUGAGGAAGAAAAAUCACUAAGCACGGAGGCAUUUUCCAAGGUUUCACUGACCAACUUGCGUAGACCAGCAGUACCAGAUCUCUCCACAGACCUGGGCAUGAACAUCUUCAAAAAGUUUAAGAGCCGCAAAGAGGACCGGGAGCGCGAGCGCAAAGGGUCAAUCCCGUUCCACCACGCCGGGAAGAAGCGGCAGCGGCGGAUGGGGGUUCCCUUCCUCCUCCACGAGGAUCACUUGGAUGUCUCCCCCACUCGCAGCACUUUCUCCUUCGGCAGCUUCUCUGGAAUUGGGGAGGACCGGCGUGGCAUGGAGAGAGGAGGGUGGCAAACCACCAUAUUAGGAAAGUUCACCCGGAGAGGGAGCUCUGACACAGCGACGGAGAUGGAGGGACUGAGCGCCAGGCACUCGCACUCCCAUCACACGCUGGUCUCUGAGCUGCCAGACCCCUCAAACAGCCAUGGAGACAACACAGUCAAAGAAGUGAGGUCCCAGAUCUCCACCAUCACUGUGGCAACCUUCAACACUACCCUGGCCUCGUUCAACGUGGGAUACGCCGAUUUCUUCAGCGAGCACAUGAGGAAGCUCUGCAACCAGGUGCCCAUCCCUGAGAUGCCCCACGAGCCACUUGCAUGUGCCAACCUCCCCCGCAGCCUGACGGACUCCUGCAUCAAUUACAGCUGCUUGGAGGACACGGAUCACAUUGAUGGAACCAACAGCUUUGUCCACAAGAAUGGCAUGCUGGAUCUCUCGGUGGUCCUGAAGGCUGUUUACUUGGUUCUGAACCACGAUAUCAGUUCCCGGAUUUGUGACGUGGCGCUGAACAUCGUGGAGUGCUUACUGCAGCUUGGCGUGGUGCCCUGCGUGGAGAAAGUUCGGAGGAAGAGCGACAACAAAGAAAAUGAGGCCCCUGAAAAGAGACCAAGUGAAGGAUCCUUCCAGCUUAAAGGGGCUGCUUCUGGUUCAGCUUGUGGCUUUGGGCCACCUCCAAUUAGUGGAGCUGGAGACGGAGAAGAAGAAGGAGGUGGUGGAGGAGGUGGGGGUGGCGGAGGUGAUGGAGGUGGUGGAGGAGGAGGAGGGCCAUAUGAGAAGAAUGACAAAAAACAAGAAAAGGAUGAAGGCCCAUCUGUCAGCACCCAUAGGCUGGCACUCACAAUGCUGAUCAAAAUUGUCAAGUCCUUGGGUUGUGCCUAUGGUUGUGGAGAAGGACACCGAGGGCUCUCUGGAGAUCGCCUGAGACUCCAGGUAUUCCGGGAGAAUGCCCAGAACUGCCUCACGAAACUGUACAAACUGGAUAAGAUGCAAUUCCGGCAGACGGUGAGAGAUUAUGUGAACAAGGAUUCUCUCAAUAAUGUGGUGGAUUUCCUGCAUGCUUUACUAGGAUUCUGCAUGGAGCCAGUCACUGAUAAUAAGGCUGGAUUUGGGAAUAACUUCAGCACAGUGGACAACAAGUCUACAGCCCAAAGUGUAGAAGGCAUUAUUGUGAGUGCCAUGUUCAAGUCAUUGAUCACUCGCUGUGCAUCCACUACACAUGAGCUCCACAGCCCAGAAAACCUGGGUUUGUACUGUGAUAUCCGACAGCUGGUCCAGUUCAUCAAGGAGGCCCAUGGGAAUGUAUUUCGGAGAGUGGCACUCAGUGCCCUCCUGGACAGUGCUGAAAAGUUAAUACCAGGAAAAAAGACAGAGGAAGCAGAGCAAGACCCAAAACCUUCUGGCAGCAAAAGGUCUGAGGCAGGAAGUGUGAUCAUUGACAAAGGGCAGGCCUCAGCUGCCCCUGAUGAAUGCCGGAGUUACGUCUCCAGCCGCCCAAUGCAAACUCCAGAGCACGAUGAGCAAAUCCAAGGGGCCAAUCUGGGACGCAAGGACUUCUGGAGGAAGAUGUUUAAGUCACAGAGUGCAGCUAGUGAUACCAGUAGCCAGUCUGAGCAGGACACAUCCGAGUGCACCACGGCUCACUCCGGAACCACCACAGACAGGCGCUCCCGCUCUCGCUCCCGACGGAUUUCCCUUCGAAAGAAACUCAAACUUCCCAUAGGUAAAUGGAACUGGCUGAAGCGCUCCUCCCUCUCUGGCCUGGCUGAUGGAGUGGAAGAUCUCCUAGAUAUCAGCUCUGUGGACCGUCUCUCCUUCAUCAGGCAGAGCUCCAAGGUGAAGUUUACCAGCGCAGUGAAGCUGUCUGAAGGAGGGGGGACGGGAGGAGGCCUGGACAACGGGCGAGACGAAGAGGAGAAUUUCUUCAAGCGUCUUGGUUGCCAUAGCUUUGACGAUCACUUGACCUCCAAACAAGAAGGAGGAAAAUCCAAGAACGUUGUGAACCUGGGAGCCAUCCGCCAAGGCAUGAAGCGCUUUCAGUUUCUGCUCAACUGCUGUGAGCCAGGCACCAUCCCUGAUGCCUCCAUUUUGGCAGCAGCUCUAGAUCUUGAAGCUCCUGUGGUGGCACGAGCAGCCCUGUUCCUCGAGUGCGCGCGUUUCGUUCACCGCUGCAACCGCGGCAACUGGCCCGAGUGGAUGAAGGGCCACCAUGUGAACAUCACCAAGAAGGGGCUGUCCCGUGGCCGUUCCCCUAUCGUGGGCAACAAAAGGAACCAGAAGCUGCAGUGGAAUGCAGCUAAGCUCUUCUACCAGUGGGGAGAUGCGAUUGGUGUCCGCCUCAACGAGCUGUGCCAUGCUGAGAGCGAGAGUCCUGCCAACCUGCUUGGCCUCAUUUAUGAUGAGGAGACCAAGAGGCGCCUGAGAAAGGAGGAUGAGGAAGAAGACUUUUUAGAUGACAGCACUGUGAAUCCUACCAAAUGUUGUUGUCCUUUUGCACUAAAAAUGGCUGCGUGUCAGCUCCUGCUGGAGAUAACCACUUUCCUUCGAGAGACCUUUCCCUACAUGCCCAGACCACGGACAGAACCUCUCGUGGACCUGGAGUGCUGCAGGCUGCGUCUGGAUCCUGAGAUGGACAGACACAGGUAUGAGAGAAAGAUCAGCUUUGCUGGGGUUCUGGAUGAAAAUGAAGAUUCAAAGGAUUCCCUACACAGCAGCAGCCACACCCUCAAAUCUGAGGCUGGCUUCGAGGAGAAAAAAGAAGGGAGCCCUUGGAGUGCAAGCGAGCCCAGCAUUGAGCACGAGGUACUGAGCAACACGGGCAUGGAGGAGAACUAUCAUCGGAACAUGUCGUGGCUGCACGUUAUGAUCCUAUUAUGCAACCAGCAGAGUUUCAUAUGCACACACAUUGACUACUGUCACCCACACUGCUACCUCCACCACAGCCGGUCCUGUGCUCGCCUUGUCCGGGCCAUCAAGCUGCUGUAUGGAGAUACAGUGGACUCCCUGAGAGGGAACAGCACUUUGAACAACGUGGCAAGAGGCAAAAAACAAAAGGAAUGCUCAGACAAGUCAUGCCUGAGAACUCCUUCUCUUAAAAAGAGAGUGAUCGAUAUCAACUUGGAAGGGAAGAAGGACUCUGGAAUGCUAAAGUACAUCAGGAAUCAGGUCAUGAGUCUCUCCCCUGCCCCUUUGUCACUGCUGAUCAAGGCAGCUCCUAUCCUCACCGAGGAGAUGUACGGGGACAUCCAGCCAGCAGCAUGGGAGCUCCUGCUCAGUGUGGAUGAGCACAUGGCUGGAGCAGCAGCUGCCAUGUUCCUGCUGUGUGCUGUGAAAGUGCCAGAGGCCGUUUCUGACAUGCUGAUGUCCGAAUUUCAUCACCCAGAAACAGUGCAGAGACUGAAUGCCAUUCUUAAAUUUCACACACUCUGGAGGUUCAGAUAUCAAGUGUGGCCAAGGAUGGAAGAGGGAGCUCAGCAGAUCUUCAAGAUUCCCCCUCCAAGUAUAAACUUCACUCUGCCUUCUCCUGUGCUGGGGAUGCCAUCUGUGCCAAUGUUUGACCCUCCCUGGGUGCCUCAGUGCAGUGGGAGUGUGCAGGAUCCUAUCAAUGAAGAUCAGUCGAAGUCAUUUUCUGCCCGAGCUGUGUCACGGUCCCAUCAGAGAGCUGAGCAUAUCCUGAAGAACCUGCAGCAGGAGGAAGAGAAGAAACGCCUGGGCCGGGAAGCCAGUCUUAUCACUGCCAUCCCCAUCACUCAGGAGGCCUGCUACGAGCCAUCCUGUACACCAAGCUCUGAGCAGGAGGAAGAAGUAGAAGAAGUUGCCAACCUGGCCUCCCGCCGUCUCUCUGUGAGUCCAUCCUGCACCUCCAGUACUUCUCACAGGAAUUAUUCUUUCCGCCGUGGCUCUGUGUGGUCAGUGCGCUCAGCAGUCAGUGCAGAAGAUGAAGAACACACCACUGAGCACACUCCAAACCAUCACGUGCCUCAGCCACCUCAGGCUGUGUUUCCAGCGUGCAUCUGUGCAGCAGUGCUCCCCAUUGUCCAUUUGAUGGAAGAUGGAGAAGUCCGGGAGGAUGGAGUAGCUGUAAGUGCUGUUGCUCAGCAGGUUCUGUGGAACUGCUUAAUUGAAGACCCCUCUACAGUUCUGCGCCACUUCCUUGAGAAGCUCACGAUCAGCAAUCGACAGGACGAGCUGAUGUAUAUGCUAAGGAAGCUUUUGUUGAACAUUGGAGACUUUCCUGCCCAGACAUCUCAUAUCCUCUUUAACUACUUGGUAGGAUUGAUCAUGUAUUUUGUACGGACUCCGUGUGAAUGGGGCAUGGAUGCAAUUUCUGCCACUCUUACCUUCCUUUGGGAAGUGGUGGGUUAUGUUGAAGGACUCUUCUUCAAGGAUCUCAAACAGACCAUGAAGAAGGAACAGUGUGAAGUGAAGCUGCUGGUGACUGCCUCAAUGCCAGGCACAAAAACCCUUGUUGUGCAUGGACAGAAUGAGUGUGACAUCCCAACGCAGUUACCAGUCCACGAGGACACACAGUUUGAGGCUCUUCUGAAGGAAUGCUUGGAGUUUUUUAACAUACCUGAAACUCAGUCUUCUCAUUAUUUCUUAAUGGAUAAGCGUUGGAAUCUCAUUCAUUACAACAAGACCUACGUCCGUGAUAUUUAUCCUUUCCGGAGGUCAGUCUCUCCCCAGCUCAACCUGGUGCAGAUGCACCCAGAAAAGGGUCAAGAGCUCAUUCAGAAGCAGGUGUUCACCCGCAAGCUGGAGGAGGUGGGGCGGGUGCUGUUCCUGAUCUCACUGACACAGAAGAUCCCCCCAGCCCACAAGCAGUCUCACGUGUCCAUGCUCCAGGAGGACCUGCUCCGCCUGCCUUCGUUCCCCCGAAGUGCCAUUGAUGCUGAGUUCUCACUCUUCAGCGAUCCCCAAGCUGGGAAAGAGCUCUUUGGCCUGGAUACCCUUCAGAAAAGCUUGUGGAUUAAGCUGCUGGAAGAGAUGUUCCUCGGCAUGCCCAGCGAGUUCCCGUGGGGGGACGAGAUCAUGCUGUUCCUGAACGUGUUCAACGGCGCUCUGAUCCUGCACCCCGAGGACAGUGCCCUGCUGCGGCAGUACGCUGCCACCGUCAUCAACACGGCCGUGCACUUCAACCACCUCUUCUCCCUCAGCGGCUACCAGUGGGUGCUGCCCAGCAUGCUGCAGGUGUACUCCGACUACGAAAGCAACCCCCAGCUGCGCCAGGCCAUUGAGUUCGCGUGCCGCCAGUUCUACGUCCUGCACCGCAAGCCCUUUAUCCUGCAGCUGUUUGCCAGCGUGGCCCCUCUCCUGGAGUUCCCUGAUGCUACAAACAACGGGACCAGCAAAGGAGUGUCAGCUCAGUGCCUGUUUGACCUGCUGCAGUCUUUGGAGGGAGAUACUCCAGACAUUUUGGACAUCUUAGAGCUGGUGAAAGCAGAAAAGCCUCUCAAGUCAUUAGACUUCUGCUAUGGGAAUGAAGACUUGACCUUUUCCAUCAGUGAAGCCAUCAAGCUGUGUGUGACAGUGGUGGCUUAUGCUCCUGAGUCAUUCAGAAGCCUCCAGAUGCUGAUGGUUCUGGAAGCCCUGGUUCCCUGUUACCUGCAAAAAUUGAAGCGACAAACCUCUCAAGUGGACACUGGGACAGCAGCUCGUGAGGAGAUUGCUUCUAUGGGUGCCCUUGCCACCUCUUUGCAGGCUCUCCUGUACAGUGUAGAAGUUCUCACCAGGCCUAUGACAGCCCCACAGAUGAGCAGAUGUGACCAAGGUCAUAAAGGGACCACAACAGCAAACCAUACCAUGUCAGCAGGUGUGAACACCAGGUACCCAGAACAGGGAGCCAAACUGCACUUUAUCAGGGAGAAUCUUCAUUUAAUGGAGGAGGGCCAGGGUCUUCCUCGAGAGGAGCUGGAUGAACGAAUUGCCAGAGAGGAGUUCAGGAGACCACGGGAGUCUCUGCUGAAUAUCUGCACAGAGUUUUACAAGCACUGUGGUCCGAGGCUGAAGAUCCUGCAGAAUCUGGCUGGUGAGCCCCGAGUGACUUCUCUGGAGCUGCUGGAUGUGAAGUCCCACAUGAGACUGGCAGAAAUCGCACACUCCCUGCUGAAGCUGGCCCCCUACGACACGCAGACGAUGGAGAGCCGCGGGCUCCGGCGCUACAUCAUGGAGAUGCUGCCCAUCACUGACUGGACAGCUGAGGCGGUGAGACCUGCCCUGAUCCUCAUCCUAAAGAGAUUGGAUCGUAUGUUCAAUAAAAUUCACAAGAUGCCUACUCUGAGGCGCCAGGUUGAGUGGGAGCCUGCCAGCAGUUUGAUUGAAGGGGUUUGUUUGACACUUCAGAGGCAGCCUAUCAUAUCCUUCCUGCCUCACCUUAGGUCUCUGAUCAAUGUCUGUGUCAAUCUGGUGAUGGGAGUGGUAGGACCCUCCAGUGUGGCUGACGGAUUACCCCUUCUUCAUCUCAGCCCUUAUCUCUCGCCACCUCUGCCCUUCAGCACAGCUGUUGUCCGGCUUGUAGCAUUGCAGAUACAGGCUUUGAAAGAAGAUUUUCCCCUAAGCCAUGUCGUCUCCCCAUUCACCAAUCAGGAAAGAAGGGAAGGAAUGCUUUUAAACCUACUGAUUCCAUUUGUGCUCACAGUAGGAUCUGGAAGCAAAGACAGCCCCUGGCUGGAGCAGCCUGAGGUCCUGCUGCUGCUCCAGACUGUUAUCAAUAUCCUCCUGCCACCUCGCAUCAUCAGCACUUCCCGCAGCAAGAAUUUUAUGCUGGAGAGCUCCCCCGCCCACUGCUCCACACCAGGGGACGCGGGGAAGGACCUGCGGCGCGAAGGGCUGGCAGAAUCCACCAGCCAGGCUGCCUACCUGGCCCUGAAGGUGAUCCUUGUUUGCUUUGAACGCCAGCUGGACAGCCAGUGGUACUGGCUGAGCCUGCAAGUCAAAGAGAUGGCCCUGCGGAAGGUGGGAGGGCUGGCCCUGUGGGAUUUCCUCGACUUUAUCGUUCGAACACGGAUCCCUAUCUUUGUGCUCCUUCGGCCCUUCAUCCAGUGCAAGCUGCUGGCCCAGCCAGCUGAGAACCACGAGGAGCUGACUGCCCGACAGCACAUCUCCGAUCAGCUGGAGAUGCUUCCAAAGCCCCUUGUGCAGAAAGGUCUGGCUGUUCAGCACAGAAGCCAACUCCAGCCUGUCUCCACCCUCUUGUCAGGAAGUUCUUACCAAGGGAAGACAUCUGUCAGCACUGUGGGCACCUCCACGUCUGCUUACCGCCUGAGCCUGGCCACCAUGUCUCGCUCCAACACCGGCACUGGCACGGUCUGGGAGCAGGACAGCGAGCCUUCCCAGCAGGCCUCGCAGGACACGCUGAGCCGCACUGAUGAGGAGGAUGAAGAAAAUGACUCCUUGAGCAUGCCCAGUGUGGUAAGUGAACAAGAAACAUACCUUAUGGGUGCCAUUGGGAGGAGGCGCUUCUCCAGCCAUCUCUCCAGCAUGUCUGCACCUCAGGCUGAGGUGGGCAUGUUACCCAGCCAAAGUGAACCUAAUGUCCUCGAUGACUCCCCGAGCCUGGCCACUGAGGGCAGCCUUUCUAGGGUGGCAAGUGUGCAGAGCGAGCCAGGACAGCAGAACCUCCUUCUGCAGCAGCCCCUGGGGCGGAAGAGAGGGCUACGGCAGCUUCGACGACCGCUGCUGUCACGUCAGAAAACUCAAACCGAACCUCGGAGCCGUCACGGAGCUCGACUUUCAACCACGCGGCGCAGCAUCCAGCCAAAGCCAAAACCCUGCGCGGAGCAGAAGCGGUCGGUGACGUUCACCGAAGCCCAGCCCGAGGCCCCCGCAGCCUGUGCCGUGGACCCGGCGGCACAGCAGCAGGGCUGCAGCCACAGCAGCCCCCAGGCCAGCAGCCAGCAGGAGCCCCCCAGCAAACCUGUGCUGACCUCCUCACCUGCCAUCGUCGUAGCUGAUCUUCACAGCCAGAGCGAGGCACUCUCUGCUGAGGAGGAGAAGGAAAAAGAGGAGGGCUUGGAGUCCCGGCCAACAACAGCACAGGGCACUCCCCCCACCCAGCUCUCUGACACCGAGGACUACGCUGGCCUGGAGACCACCAGCUUGCUGCAGCAUGGGGACACUGUCCUGCACAUCAGUGAGGACAACGGGAUGGAGAACCCUUUGCUGGCUACUCACUUCAGCUUCACGCACGUGGAGCUUGGGGAGACGGAUGUUGAUCUGGACGAAUCUCAUGUUUAACUCUUGGGAAAGCACAGUAAAGGGAGGAGGAAGGAAAUGUGUACCUUUCCUUAGAGUUCCCUGCUAAAGAGUAACUAAUUAAGACAAGAGCACUUUAUUAUCCAACAGCAGGAAAUAGCUAUCAGCUGGUUGCUAUAGACUGGCAAAUUUCUAUUUGUGAGAUCUCUUUUCAGUUCAGGGCAGGACCACAGGAACCAAGAAUUUGUACAGAAUUCUCAGGAUAGGGGUGUGUAGAGCCCUUGUGGUGGUCCAUAGAGCCCUAACCUGGCAGCCAUGUACUGUGAUCAGCAGCCUCACUGGGUAAUGGGCUGUUGGACUGGGUGAGACUGUGUGCCCAAGAUCUAUUUUUGUAGUGUUUUUGGGAGGAGGGCUAUACAGCAGCUGAAGCCAAGGCUGUUACACCUUGGAAACAGUGAAAAGACUGACAGAAAGUACCAAUCUAAAGCUUGAUUUUCUCAAGCCUGGGGCCAUUGUUUCUAACAUGCAGAGCAAUGAUAAGCACCGUAAAGCAAUUGGAUUUUUAUUUUUAAUUUUUUUUUUUUUUGGCACUGCAGACUUUAGCUGAGUUUACUUUUGUCUGUUAGUUCCAUUCCACUCUGUAAAAUAUUGCCCUUGUGCUACAAAAAUACUUGCUCUGUAGAACUGAAUACAGUAUAUACCAUCAGUAGGAAUGCUGUGCACAGACACAGAGCAGGGGCAGGGGCUGAGUGGUUUGCAGGUGGGAUAAACAGCCCACCCUGUGUCCUGCUUUAAUGUCCUGAGCUAUUCAUCUCCACAGCUUAAAAUAAAACUCCAAGAAACUGCAUCUCGAAUGCAUGGACCUUGUGGUCCCAAGCAACUGCUCCCCUGAUGCUGUUGGAUGUACGUAGAGGGAUUUAAAGUAAAUAUUUAUAAACAGUAUUUUCAUGUUACUCUAUAUAUAAAUAUAUAUGUACAUUGUAAACAAAAGAUGGAUAUUGCAGGGCAGAAGCUCGAUGAAAUAAUCUAUUUUUGGCAUGCUGAGAUUGUAUUUUGAAAGGUUCCAUUUUAUGUAUGUAAUGCUCACAGCUGCAAGUAUUAGGUAAAUAUAUGUAACAUUUAUAGAAGGUGGAGAUCCCUGGGGGGAUCAGCUGAAGUCACAGCUGAGUUAAGGGGUUUUGCUGCAGCAUCAUGGAAUUACACUGAAAUGUGAAUUUAGCCAUUAGCUGCUGACAGGCAAACUGCAAAAUAGCUGUGAAACAAACCACGGAAUCAUCAGCAAUGCCCAAAGAUACCCUUGGGAAUCAUUCACUGCCUUUUUUGGCUCAUGGUAGACUAACUGGAGUUUAUAAUCAUGUCAUUAUUGUGCAGAGGAAAAUGUUUUGGAUCAUCCUGAGAGUAUCUAAAAUGUGCUAAUUACCACUUUGGCUCCUGAGGGCUUGCAAUUUGGACACACGCAUCAUAAACCAGCCUUACUAAGGAGGGAAAUGAUAUCCUUCUAGCCAUUUCCAAAGAAAGGACGUGCAGCUCUCCUCAGCGGCUCUCAAACAGCUGCUGAAGCACUGCCCUACAGACGGCAGCCUUGCUGCUGGAGUGCAGCACACGGGUUUUGCUGGGGCUGAGACAAAAACCACACACCCGCUGCAGGUUCCAGCCUGUGGAGCCCUCAGAGCCUCGGGCUGUGCUGCCUGGCGUUUGCCAAAUGCUCACAUCUGACAGGAGCUGCGCACACCGGUCUGGGCAGGGAACUCACUCACAUUAAACCUCUCCAGAGAGCAAAAGCCAUUCUUCUCCCGGGUGCUGAGCAUGCUCUGCUACCACUGUUGGUGAGAGAAGGAGAAUCUCAGCAUGUCUGGGGAACAGCAGGGCUGAAAAAGCGACUAUUUUAUAGUGCACCACCUAUAUCCCCCACAUAUAUGGGGCUAUGUAAUGUACAGGUGGUGAUCUAAUGCAGCUCCAAAGGGAUCUUUUAAGAGAGGUGACAGUGUCCCAACAGGUGUCCUGGAUAACGAACUGUGUCCUCUGCUGAUCAAAAUGUGCUGUACUGCUUCUUAUUUCCUUAUUCCCACUGCAGCCAGAGCCAGAUACCUGUAGGAUGCUGCUUUAGAUUAGCUCCUAGCUCAGAGGUCACUCCAAGAACUGCUGAAUUCCAGAUGUUAGGUUUUAUUAUUAACACUGACGCACAAAUGAGGAAAACCCCCAUCGCUUCACUUUCAAGUCCCAAAGUAGGCUCGGUCACUGGCAGCCUGAGAGGGAGGAAAGCUUCAGAGCCGAGUAAAUGGCUGGGACACAACACAUCCAGAAUUCACGGUGCACUUUAUAGAGUGACCUUUUCUGCAGAAAAUGAGGAAGCAUCUUCCUGAAUGAAAAGUAGAGCCCACCCCCAGUACUCUACUCUAGAGAUGACAAAAUAACUGUGAUUUACUUCAUUUAAUUCAGUGUAUGUAACUUUCAACUUUCCACUGUCACAGGUGAAUCCACAGUAGUAAGCCAUAGCAAGGACUAAAAUGCCUCUUUUUAAUGUCUACCCUACUAGAAAUCAAUGCAACUUAUAAAUGACAUGAUGUGUAAUUUAGUUUUGUCCAGGUGGCCGGGCAGCUGGCUUUGGUUUUGUGGGGCGAUUGCUGAGAGGUGGCACAGCCAGGCCAGCCCGUCAGCCUGACUUCCCACGUCUUUUACUGUCAUAUCAUAUCAUGUUGCAUUUAAUGCCGUCCUGAUGAGUGGCAAACAAAGUACUUUAGCUGGUUUGUGCUUUCCUCCAGUAUCUCUGUACCAGAACUGGUGUUAUUUCUGCUGUGGAGACAUACGAUGCUGCUUUACAUAGUGUUAGACGCCUUAAGCGCAUGUCGUGUUCAGCGAUGUCCGGCUGUGCCUGUCUUGUCCACGUGUCAGUCGGUCCCGUUGCCUCAGCAUUUUAUGCAAACGUUGUCCCGAGGAUUAAAUACAAAGGAACGACGGCAAAGUACAGA